CUUCAUGCAGGGCUUUUCAUUUUCUUCCGAUAGCAUCUGCUGCCUUCGCGAACUUCCCUCUCGUUCGAGAAUAUUUAAAACAAAUAUAGUGCAAUCCAUUGAAAACCGGAAUAUCUAGAAAGACUGACGGACAUCCACAAUGUCAGACACAGAACAACAGCAAACCAACGGCGUUGUCGACACCGAACCUGAACAACAACGACAAGAAGACCAACCGCAGACAGAAAAAGGCACAAUCCAGCACCAACAAAGCCCCCAACACGUCCAACCAUGGCAACAGCCCCAGCCACAAGCCGGACCCCCCCUCUACCAAGGCCGCUACGUGGAAAACCCCGGCCCAAUCCGACAAUCACGCAUCAAAGACCGUCCGCAGCCAAAGGAGACGCGCGAUAGCAGUCUGAAGGUUAAGAUCGAACUCGAUCUAGAAGCAGAGGUAGAUCUCUACGCCCGGGUGAAAGGUGAUGUGACAAUCGGGCUAAUGUAGUUUUCCUUCUUCCUUGGGUGGGACCUAGGUCGAUCUUUAUGCUAGGGUUAAGGGUGAUGUUACUAUUGGAUUACUGUGAGGAGUAAGUGUGUUUGGAUCUGUGUGGGCAGGUUUAGUAAUGUUGUACAGGAGGUAGCGAGGUUGAUGUUGGUGUUGAUUGUUGUUUCUGGACAGAAGAGUUUGAGCUUUGAGGUCUAUUCCGUGCGGGGUGUUUGAUAUUCAAGGAUUUAUGGGAAGAAGGGGAACAAUCAAUGAUAUUGACAGUGGCAAGAGCGCAAAUAUAUCCAGGUGAUACUUCUACAAAAUUGCAUUGAAU